AUGGCACGUGUAGAUAAGUAUAAUAAAGACGAAAACUGUUCAAGUUUACUGUCAGCCAAUAAAUUCAUUGUUCAAUGUAUGGUAGACUGCACUGAACAUUCAGACGUUACCAAAGAAAUACCAAGUGUAAUGAUCAAGACGAUUGUUGAAAAUCUUAAAAAGUCCAAUUCCUUGAAGAACUUUCAUCAAACUAGCGCAGCUCGCACAUAUGCAGUCAUUCAAAUCGAUGAAGUUUUCGAAGGAAAGAGUGGUGGUAGAGAUUCAUGGAAGUUAGUUUUUCGAGCCGAUGCCGACAUACCUGGUCCAGACAGCACGCAAGGACCGCAUUUGGGUUAUGAGGUGAAAUUCAACGGAAAAAGAAUCGGUAUCGGCCAUGGGUGGGUUCCUGGUGGCUUAUUGGCAAUCGGCAGACCGCCGAGGGCAGUUGUAGAUGCGAUGGACAACUACAUGAAUGGUAGUAAUACAAAAGAAGACUUUCCAAAUCAGGGUAAAAUGAUCUGGACGUCGACCUUUAAGAGAUCAAAAAGCUAA